AUGUCUCCACUUCUGCAAAGCAUCUGUGAUAUCACUGAAGUUUUCUAUCAAUAUGCCUCACAUGAUUAUGAUGGGGCAUCACUAAGCAAAAGAGACCUAAAGAACCUCCUUGAAAGGGAAUUUGGAGCUGUCCUUCAGAGACCACAUGACCCCGAGACAGUUGAUCUGAUUCUGGAACUUCUGGAUCGCGAUGCCAACAAUCGUGUGGAUUUCAAUGAAUUCCUCCUGUUCCUUUUCAAGGCGGCUCAAGCCUGUUAUUACGCUCUCGGCCAGGUAGUGGGGCUAGAAGAGGAGAAGCGAGCUCGACGUGAGGAGAAAGGAGACCUGUCACAAGAUCGCAGGCAAGAAGACCAAAGAAGAUUCGAAAUCCGAGACAGGCGAGAUGAAGAACCCAGCCGCCGAAGCUGGCAGAAGAGUCAAGAACUGGAGAGGGAGCGCGCUGAGGAAGAGGCGCAGAGGAAGAGGCAGGAGAGACUGGCGCAGCUCGACAGCCGGCGCCUGGACGAGGAGCCGCGGCUGCAAAGGCGAGAAAGGCAAGCCUGGAAAGCGCGCCGGGCGGAGGAGGAGCCGCUGCAGCUCAGCGAUCGCGACGCUUUAGAGUACGCCGAGGAAGAGCAGCAGGUGCGGCGCGAGCAGGAGGCGGAGCGGGACGAGCCCCGCGCGCCGAGGUGGCAGCGGCAGCUGGAGAGCGAGGCGGAAGCCCGUCAGAGCAAAGUCUAUUCCAGGCCUCGCAGGCAGGAGGAGCAGAGGUACCGCCAGGAGCAGCAGGAAGGGAAGAGGCGGCAGCUGGAGCAGGAGGAGGAGCCGCGGCGCCGAGACUUCACCUGGCAGCGGCAGGCGGAGAGUGAGCGCGAGAGGCCACUGCGGGCGGAGGAGCGCCUGGAGCCGCAGCAAAGGUUCUACGGAGACGCCGACGAGGAGGAGCCGCGCCGCGACCGAGGCUGGAGGUGGCAACUAGAGGAAGAGAGCCGGGGACGCCGCCAGGUGCUCUACACCCAGCCCGGCCAGCGGGAGCAGCGGGAGCAGCGGCGCGCGGAGCAGGGGCUGCAGCGCGCGGAACAGGAGCUGGACCGGCAGUUCGUGCGGGAAGAGCCGCUGCGCGCACAGGAAAGGGAAGACCGAAGACGCCCGCAGGAGCGAGCGGAGGUCCGGGAGCAGGAGCUGGAACGGCAGAAGGUGCGUCGCCAAGAACAAGGCCGGGAAGUCCAGGAGGAAGACCAGCUGAGCCGCCAGGAGCUCGGAAGGAAAUUCCGACAGGCAGAACUGGAACUGCGCCGGGAAAGCGAGGAAGAGCCGCUGCGCGACAGCAAAUUCCGACGGGAGGAACCGUUCCGUCGGGAACGGGAAGAAGAGCAGCUGCGCCGCCAGGAACGGGACAGGAAAUUCCGCAGAGAACAGGACCUGCGCCAGGAGAGGGAGGAAGAGCAGCUGCGUCGCGAUCGCGACAGGCAAUUCCGCAGAGAACAGGACCUGCGCCAGGAGAGAGAGGAAGAGCAGCUGCGUCGCGAUCGCGACAGGAAAUUCCAACGGGAAGAACAGGACCUGCGCCAGGAGAGGGAGGAAGAGCAGCUGCGCCGCCAGGAGCGCGACAGGAAGUUCCGGCAGGAGGAAGAGCUGCGCCAGGAGAGGGAGGAGGAACAGCUGCGUCGCCAAGGACGCGAUAGAAAAGCCCUCCGACAGGAGGAAGAGCUGCGCCGCCAGGAACAGGACAGGCAAUUCCACAGAGAACAGGACCUGCGCCAGGAGAGGGAAGAAGAGCAGCUGCGCCGCCAGGAACAGGACAGGAAAUUCCGCAGAGAACAGGACCUGCGCCAGGAGAGGGAGGAAGAGCAGCUGCGUCGCGAUCGCGACAGGCAAUUCCGCAGAGAGCAGGACCUGCGCCAGGAGAGGGAGGAAGAGCAGCUGCGUCGCGAUCGCGACAGGAAAUUCCAACGGGAAGAACAGGACCUGCGCCAGGAGAGGGAGGAAGAGCAGCUGCGCGACAGCAAAUUCCGACAGGAGGAACCGUUCCGUCGGGAGCGGGAAGAAGAGCAGCUGCGCCGCCAGGAACAGGACAGGCAAUUCCGCAGAGAACAGGACCUGCGCCAGGAGAGGGAGGAAGAGCAGCUGCGCCGCCAGGAACAAGACAGGAAAUUCCGUAGAGAACAGGACCUGCGCCAGGAGAGGGAGGAAGAGCAGCUGCGCCGCCAGGAACAGGGCAGGAAAUUCCGCAGAGAACAGGACCUGCGCCAGGAGAGGGAGGAAGAGCAGCUGCGCCGCCAGGAACAGGACAGGAAAUUCCGCAGAGAACAGGACCUGCGCCAGGAGAGGGAGGAAGAGCAGCUGCGCCGCCAGGAGCGCGACAGGAAGUUCCGGCAGGAGGAAGAGCUGCGCCAGGAGAGGGAGGAGGAACAGCUGCGUCGCCAAGGACGCGAUAGAAAAGCCCUCCGACAGGAGGAAGAGCUGCGCCGCCAGGAACAGGACAGGCAAUUCCACAGAGAACAGGACCUGCGCCAGGAGAGGGAAGAAGAGCAGCUGCGCCGCCAGGAACAGGACAGGAAAUUCCGCAGAGAACAGGACCUGCGCCAGGAGUGGGAGGAAGAGCAGCUGCGCCGUGAUCGCGACAGGCAAUUCCGCAGAGAGCAGGACCUGCGCCAGGAGAGGGAGGAAGAGCAGCUGCGCCGCCAGGAACAGGACAGGCAAUUCCGCAGAGAACAGGAGCUGCGCCAGGAGAGGGAGGAAGCGCAGUUGCGUCGCGAUCGCGACCGGCAAUUCCAACGGGAAGAACAAGAGCUGCGCCAGGAGAGGGAGGAAGAGCAACUGCGCGACAGCAAAUUCCGACAGGAGGAACCGUUCCGUCGGGAGCGGGAAGAAGAGCAGCUGCGCCGCCAGGAACAGGACAGGCAAUUCCGCAGAGAACAGGAGCUGCGCCUGGAGAGGGAAGAGGAACAGCUGCGCCGUGAUCGCGACAGGCAAUUCCGCAGAGAACAGGACCUGCGCCAGGAGAGGGAAGAGGAACAGCUGCGCCGCCAGGAGCUCGGAAGGAAAUUCCGACAGGAGGAGCAAGGGCUGCGCCAAGCGAGGGGGGAAGAGCCACUGCGCCGCCAGGAGCGCGACCGGGAAUUCCGCGUGGCGGAAGAGCUGCGCCAGGAACGGGAGCAACAGGAACGGGAGCAGCUGCGCCGCCAGGAACAGGAGCGGAGAUUCCGCGGGGAGCCGGAGCUGCGCCAGGAACGGGAGCAACAGCUGCGUCAGGAUCGAGAUAGAAAAUUCCAAGAGGAGCAGGAGCUGCGCCAGGAAAGGGAGGAGGAGGAGCUGCGCCGCCAGGAUCGGGGCCGAGAGUUCCAACAGGAGGAGCAGCAGCUCCGUCAGGAGCGCGAGCGCCGGGAACGGGACCGGAAAUUCCGACAGGAGGAGCAGCUGCGCCGGGAAAGGGAAGAGCAGCAGCUGCGCAGCCAGGAGCUCGAGCAACAGCUGCGUCGUGGCCGGGACAGAAAAUUCCAAGAGGAGCAGGAGCUGCGCCAGGAAAGGGAGGAACAGGAGCUGCGCCGCCAGGAUCGGGGCCGAGAGUUCCGUGGGGAGCAAGAAGAAGAGAUCCGUGUGGAGCGCGAGCAGCAGCUGCGCCGGGAACGGGACAGGAAAUUCCAAGAGGAGGAGCAGCUGCGCCAGGAAAGGGAGGAGCAGCAGCUGCGCCGCCGGGAUCGGGGCGGAGAGUUCCGUCAGGAGGAGCAGCUGCCCCGGCAAGAGCGCGAUCGCCAGUACCGGAGAGAAGAGCAGUUUGCCCGAGAGAACCGAGGGCGCCCGGAGCUGGAACCGCGGCGGGAAGAGCAGGUCCGUCGCCAGGAGCAGGAGAGGAAAUUCCGAGACGAGCAGAUCCGUCGCCAGCAGGAGGAGCAGAGGCGCCGCCAAGUCCGGGAGAGGCAGUUCCAAGAAGACCAGAACCGUCGGCCCGUCCUGGAGCCUGGCCGGAGCCAGUUCGCCCACGUCCCCGUGCGCUCCAGCCCGCUCUAUGAGUACAUCCAAGAGCAAAGGUCCCAGUCCCGCUCCUAAGAGAUGCCGCCGACAUCCCGACACCCGCCAAAGCGUCAAGCCAAAGAAGACGAGAAACACAGCGAUCCAAGCUAUCACCUACAUGCUUCUGGUUGUGGGAAAACUCUCUGGUGUUAGAAUGUGUCUUUUCUUCCAAAAUCUU